AUGUCCGGAAGCCUUAGAACAGCACGGGUAUGCUUUGCCGUUGACGUUGAGGAUUUGGGUCCAUCAUACUUUGUACUUGUGACCGGUUCAACUACAUCACUUGGGAAAUGGGAUCCUCUCAAAGCGAAACCCCUUACGAAGGAUGCCGACAGACCUACUCGUUGGCGUGGUUUUGUGGAUACAACGGACGAUGAUGUCCGUUUUCGAUAUUUCAUUGGCUACUUCCUAUCGAGCGAACAGGGAGAGCGUCUGAUCAUAGAUAAAUGGGAGUCGUUUCUUCAUCCACGAUUAGUUGUUCUUAAAGGAGAAAACAAGGGAUCGGUUUUCCGAGCGAAUCACGUCGACCUCUUUGGCUACUACGCUGGUCGAAAAGUAGUUUCGGAAGGAUGGUUACAAUACGAUGAAGAGAACCAGAUUCUUCUUCGUCUUCACGGUUUCGCUCUGAAGUUCUAUAAAUCAGCAAAAGAACGAAAGAACUGUACAAUAAAAAUCAAUCCCAUGGAUGUAAGACAUCGUUUGAGCGGAGCUCAGAUCAGCUUCAGCUAUGGUGUAGACGAAGAGGAUGAUGAUGACGAUAAUGGAUCACCUACGUAUCCCAGUCAUUCGCCCAUUUCUGUGGCGGUACUCUCUGACAGAAAUCCAAAGUUUACACGACAACCAGAAGUAGGGGUGCUGUUCAACAAUAACGUAGACUACAUUGUGUAUAAAACACAUUCAGUUGCUGUCGAAUUCUUGGCAUUCUACAUUGAGAUAUUUUCGGAAGAAGGAAAACGAAUUGGUGCAUGCUAUGCCCUUCCAUCAUCCCUUUCAGAUUCAUGUGGUCAUUCGAACUUACCAUUCAUUAAUUCAUCAGGAAGACCAAUUGGACAAAUUUCUGUAGAAUAUCUUUUUGUACGUAAUUUGCGUCGAUUCAUCCCAAAACAAACGAUGGAAGUGUCAUAUACAAGGCACUGGAAGAAAAGAAAUACGAUCGAAGUUGGUCACCGUGGUGCAGGAAAUUCCUUCACAAAGUUUGCUGUUGCUCGUGAGAAUACGAUAUAUUCGCUUAAUACUGCAGCGAAAAAUGGAGCUGACUAUGUGGAAUUUGACGUUCAACUUACGAAGGAUAAGGUGGCAGUGAUUUAUCACGAUUUCCACGUGCUAGUUUCUGUUGCAAAGCUGUUGCGACCUUCGAAUUUGCACAAUGAGAAAAAUGUGGACUUCCAUGAAAUCCCUGUAAAAGACCUUAAACUUCACCAGCUAAAACUUCUGAUGUUAGAUAACGUGAAUUUCCUGAAAAAGAAGGAAAAUGUGAAGAAGCUUGUGGAAGAUGAUGAUGAGACGGAAGAUUUCAAACCAUUUCCUACAUUAGUUGAAGCACUGGCGAAGGUCGAUCCAGAUGUUGGAUUCAACGUCGAAGUGAAAUAUCCCAUGAUGCAAUCCAAUGGGGAACAUGAGUGUGACCAUUAUUUUGAACGGAAUGAGUUUAUUGACGUUGUCUUGGCGGACCUUCUCAAUAACGCGGGUACCCGUCGGAUUAUGUUCUCUAGCUUUGAUCCAGAUAUCUGCAGUUUAAUAUCUAUGAAACAGAAUAAGUAUCCUGUGCUGUUUCUUUGUGUUGGAGAGACACAGCGCUACACACGUUUCCAGGAUCAACGCAGUAGUACAAGUUUAACAGCUGUAAACUUUGCUGCAGGAGCUGAUAUAAUGGGUGUCAAUUUCAACUCGGAAGAUCUCUUGAAUGACCCUUAUCCAGUAAAACGGGCAAACGACUUUGGUCUGAUCACUUUUGUUUGGGGAGAAGAUUUGGAUAAGAAGGAGAACAUUAAUUACUUUAAGAAGGAACUUGGCGUUGACGGUCUCAUUUAUGACAGAAUCGGUGAGGAUGAGCGUCGCAGAAAUGUGUUUAUAGUAGAGCGCGAGGUUAAGCGUGCGUUAUUCAAAAUAGAAUCAGGAGCUAACUCGCCACAGAGGUAUUGUUUUCGAUUUGCUGGCCAUCGUCUUAAUAAUCAUCUUGUUACCACUACUCGAACGUGA